CAUUUCAUUACCAAAACUAAAACCCACAUCAGAACAAAAGCUCUCAGUUUAUUUACUACUACUUCCCCUUCUGCGAUUGUCUCUCCGACAAACCCUAAUUUUGAAAGGGAAAAAGGGGUUUCAGUUAAAUCCUCUAAAUCUCGGUCCUUUUAUCAUUUUGGUUCAUGGAUUCCGAAGAAGACAUGCUCGAUGCGCACGAUAUGUACUCAGGGGAGGAGGAUGAUUUCUACAGCGAUGAUUACAAGGAUAGUGAUGAUGAUGACGAUGAUGAUGGCGAGCCUGAUUACGGCUUUGUCGAGGAAGACGCUGACGAUUCUGCCAUGACCGCCUCCCAUCGCUCUCAGAAAAACUUUUGUGUUCUGAAGGAAGAAGAUAUUCUCAAGCACCAGAUAGAUGCUAUUGAGCGAGUUUCUGUCGUCCUCUCAAUAACUGAAGUCGAAGCGAGCAUUCUGCUUCGUUCCUUUCACUGGAGUGUUGGUAAAGUUCAUGAUGAAUGGUUUGCGGAUGAAGAGAGGGUCAGGAACACUGUGGGUAUAUUGGAGAGACCUGUUGUUGCACCAUCUGAUGACACAGAGCUUACAUGUGGAAUCUGUUUUGAUCCGUACCCUCCUGAGAAAAUUGCUUCAGUUUCUUGUGGCCAUCCUUUCUGCACUACGUGCUGGACAGGUUACAUCAGCACAACCAUUAAUGACGGCCCAGGAUGUUUGAUGCUAAGGUGUCCUGACCCAUCUUGUCUAGCUGCUGUUGGUCAUGAUAUGGUUGACAAACUAGCGUCUGAAGAAGAUAAGGAGAAGUACAAUAGAUACUUUCUUAGGUCCUAUAUUGAAGACAACAGAAAGAUGAAGUGGUGUCCAGCCCCGGGGUGUGAAUAUGCGAUUGAUUUUGUUGCCGGGUCUGGAAACUAUGAUGUCUCCUGCCUUUGCUCGUUUAGCUUCUGCUGGAAUUGCACAGAGGAGGCUCACCGACCUGUGGAUUGUAGCACAGUAUCAAAAUGGAUAUUAAAGAACAGUGCUGAAUCUGAAAAUAUGAAUUGGAUACUUGCCAAUUCAAAGCCGUGUCCAAGAUGCAAGCGGCCAAUUGAAAAAAAUCAGGGCUGUAUGCAUAUGACAUGCACACCGCCUUGUAAAUAUGAAUUUUGUUGGCUUUGUCUUGGUGCGUGGAUGGAUCAUGGGGAAAGAACUGGUGGGUUUUAUGCUUGUAACCGGUACGAGGUGGCCAAGCAAGAAGGCCAGUAUGAUGAGACUGAAAGGAGGAGAGAGAUGGCGAAAAAUUCACUAGAGAGAUACACUCAUUAUUAUGAACGCUGGGCAAGCAAUCAAACGUCGAGGCAAAAGGCUAUGACGGAUCUGCAGCAAUUGCAGACGCAUAAUCUUGAGAAGCUUAGUGAUAAGCAGUGCACACCAGAAUCCCAGCUCAAAUUCAUCUUAGAAGCUUGGCUUCAGAUCAUCGAAUGUAGGCGAGUCUUGAAAUGGACAUAUGCAUAUGGAUACUACCUACCUGAUCAUGAACAUGCCAAGCGACAAUUUUUCGAGUAUUUGCAAGGGGAGGCUGAGUCAGGUUUGGAGAGGCUCCAUCAAUGCGUAGAGAAGGACUUGCUUCAAUUUCUCAAUGCAGAAGGCCCAUCAAAAGAUUUCAAUGAUUUCCGGACAAAACUAGCUGGUUUGACCAGCGUAACUAAAAAUUACUUUGAGAACUUGGUGAAAGCUCUGGAGAACGGUCUUGCUGAUGUAGACUCACACGCGGCUUGCAGCAGCAAAUCAACAAGCUCUAAAUCAACAGGUUGCAGUAGCAAAACAAGAGGGAAAGGCAAAGGAAGUUCCAGAACUGGUGGAUCUUAAUAUAUGUCUUCGUCAAGGUAUAAAACCCUGAAUUGGUCUUGAGAUUACUUCCAGCUGUUUCUUUGGACAUUUGGAGAAUGCACACGAUCAAAGAAAACCCCCUAAACUGCACUCACAUAGUGGAAAAGGUCCAGUUCUUCUUUUAUGUGUGUGUGCAGGUUUGGAAUGUAGGGUUUGUGUUAUGUUUCCUGCUUAUGUAUAGUGUAAAAGAAUAUGUCUGUGUUAUCUCUUCACACAUUGUAACUUUACUUCUGUCAUCUGCUCUGCUAUGACAAUCUCUAUGAAACAAAAUGGAGUGAAUGGUGGCUGCUUUGUGUUUGCCUUCACUUGACAAAUCUCUGUUUGUAAUAUUGAAUUCAAGUUACAUUUGAAGAAUAACUCUUAGGGUA